AUGAAUAAAUAUAGGCACUUAACUCCAACUUCUGAAACUAAAAACAUCUCAAUUAGAUCUAUGUCAAGAUUGUCACUGAAAAACGACAUGUCGUGAACAGCUGGACCUUUUGGAGUCGCUUAUGAAAAUGAGCCUAAAGAAAAUCCCAUACACUUUCCAAUAAGGCCAAAUACAGCUUUAAUCAGUAGUCUAACAAUACAAGAGAAUCUAAAGAGGAAAAUUAAUUAUGUUAACCAUCUAGAAAGCCAACUAUCUAAAACAUUACAAUACUCUUUCAGUGAAAAACAUAUCCAAACUGAAUCAAAACCCAAAGAUUUUUCAAGCAUGAUUAAAAAGCUUGACAGGAUUUCUAGGAAUAUAAACUAUGGGCAAAAAAACUUAUUUUUAAAGCCUUCAGAACCUUUAGAUAUUGAACUACUUGCUAAUGAAUCUCAAAUAAUUACUAUAAAUACUCGAAGAAAGCCCACCCCAUUGCAUGUCUAUAUAGAUAGAAGUUUUGGUAAGCUUGAAAUUUAUGUAUCAAAAAAAAUAAAAGAUCCGUCAAAAACAGUCCAUGAUUUAUCAUUCACUAAAGACUAUUUUCGGAUUUCUGAGACAACUCUUUUAUUUUCUUAUCCUUUUAUUUGCAUAAAUUUCACAGCUAUAAAAGAAUCAAAAUUUUCAGUUUCCAUCAGAUUUGGCCCAACUGGUAUGAGGGUCCAUAAAACUAGAAAGCAUUAUGAUGAUUUUAUCGAUACAAUUUAUAACGAAGAAGACCUUGAGGACUCAAUCGACGAAAAAUUAAAAGUCCCAGAACGAAAAAUCAAAGAUUUUAUUCACGCGAAUAAAACUUGAGUCUCAAAGCUGAAUAAUUCUCACAGCAUGGUAUUAGAGAGAAAAAAAAGCAAUGACUUGAGGAUAAAUAAAGUUUUAGAAAAAAGAAAAAUAAUUCAGCAGGAAAAUUAUGAGAAAAAAUUGUUUAUUAAAGAUAGAAAAGAAAUGAGAGCUCAAGCUGAAAUCAAAGCACAAGAAAUCAGUGUUGUGCUUUCUCGAAAACAAACUUUCGAAAAGAUUUGGCUUACUUUUACUUAUUUUUCUGUAUCCGCAAUAGAGCUAGAAUGAAGACUAAGAGAAAAAACAAAUCAAAUAAGAAGAAGCGAGACCAGAAAUAAUGCAGCUAGACUUAUCCAGAAUUAUGCAAGAAAAAAAUUAAAUACAUACUUAGUGAAGGAGAACAACAUGAAUAGAGCAUUAUGCUCUCUAUUGCUCUUCAAAAUUUUCUGCAAGCCCCCAUAUCUGGCGAAAUCAAAAAUUCAGAUUUUGACUAUAAUGAAAGAAAAUGCGAAAAAUCUAAAACUCCCGACAAAAUUCCAAGACUAUAGCAAAAAAGGUAUAUUUUAUAUAGCUAUUAUCAUCCAAGAAGCUUUCAGGGCUUAUAAAGCAAAAAUUAAGCGAGACAUAGAAGAAUUGAUAAAUCUUUGGACAAAAGAAGUCAAAAGGAAAAUCGAGGUUUUAACGAAAACAAAAAGGAAAAAAAAGAAGGCUAUGAUUGGAAAAUAUAUGGGCAUCCCAACGGAGCUGCGAGAUAAAAUAUUACUUGAUCAUUAUUACGAAGCAAAGAAAAAUUUUAAAAAUGAGCUGAGCAAUUAUAUGCAUUUCAUCAAGCUAAAUAAGCUGAAAUAUGGUGAAAAAACACCUCCAGUUUUCAGAUAUAUUCCAAGCGAGGAUGAUCUUAAGGAUUUAAUAGCAUCAGCACUUAAUAUUCAAGAAACAAAGCCUAAAUCUUAA